AUGUCGCAUUUCCCAGCACAAAAGAACCUGAAGGCAUUUAGCAACAUCUGUCAGUCAAAACGUUUACGCCUGGAUUGGGAGCAGAGACUAACACAAAAACAAGUGAAGUACAAGGCAGAGGAUGAAGCUAAUCGCAACCGGGUGGCAGCAAAGAACUCCCUCGAGUCCUAUACCUACAACAUGAAACAGACCGUGGAGGACGAGAAGCUGAAGGGCAAGGUCAGCGACCAAGAUAAACAGAAGGUGCUCGACAAAUGCCAGGAGGUGGUCACCUGGCUUGACCACAAACAGAUGGCCGAGAAAGAGGAGUACGAGCACAAACAGAAGGAGCUGGAGAAACUCUGCAACCCCAUCAUCACCAAACUGUACCAGGGAGGAGCCGCCCCAACCGGUGGCGCCGGAGGACCAACCAUUGAAGAAGUGGACUAGACUGGACUGAACUCUGCACUGUUCAGGGACAGUUAUUUUCCCAUUCUCAGUUUUAU